AUGGACCAACCUCAUUACGGCUGUCGAUGGGACGAAGACAUCGCACCGUUCCGUGAUAUGGUCCCAGGAUUAUGCUAUGUCCAGAGCCGUCAGAAAGCAAGUCCUAUUAUGGGUAGCUUUGGUAUUGCUGUCGAGGGUCAUGCGGGCUACCGGACUGGACUCUGCUGUGAGGAACACGAUCUCCUCCAAUCAUCCCGAGGCAACAGGGUACCAUCAGUGACGACAGCGCCAUUGGAACCUCUUGGAGCACGAUCAAGAUGGUUUGAGAUAUACUCUCAUAGUUCGGAGUCGUUCCCUUGGUCGGUCAAGUCGGACACAAAAUGGUUAAGCAUGUCGAUAUCAUCAGGCUACCUGACGCCUGAAGAUUCAGCUGCUCGUGUCCAUGUUUUCGUGGACUGGGUGUCAGUUCCCGAACUUUUUCAUGGCGAGGCUCUCCUUGAAGUCCGAUCUGACACGGGAUCGAUUGAAAUCGUUCGUGUGCCGAUCAAGAAGCACAAGAUUCCCGUCGGCUUCACCGGGUUUGUCGAGAGUGAUCACCUCGUCUCUAUGAAUGCGACAAAUUUCGAUGCCUCAGUCAUCGCACAAAGCUCCUACAAGACCAACCAAUUGAUAGGUCGUACAGGGGCUGGUGGAGUCUUGCUGGCAGCCCGUGCUGAUGAUGCCGACAAACUCGACUUUCUUCAUUAUUCAUUUUUCAACUACACGCCAAUGACGGAAGCGACAGUAACUCUUUACUUUACGAUGACAUUCAAUACCGAGCCACCAGGUCCUAUCAAGUACGACAUUUGCGUGGACGAUGUCCCUCACUCAACUUUCCGCCUGGUUCCAGAUGAGCCAAACCCCGGUACAAUGCCUCCUGGUGAUUUAACGGCGGGUUGGAUGGAGGAAUGCCCGAGGCUUGUGUGGACGAGGAAGCAUACCAUUGACCUUACGAAGACCGGUGCCCAUGUUCUGAAGAUACGCCUUAGACAUACAAACUCUGUCCUAGAAAAAGUUGUUAUAGACUUAGGCGGCGUUCGACCAAGUUACCUAGGUCCGCCAGAGAGUAAGAGGUUAAAGUAA